UGGUUCAUUUUAGUGCUAAAGUGCACCUUCUAUUUUCCUGGAUCGCUAAUACCCUGUAAAUGCAGAUUGCUUAUCUCUCCAAUCUCAACCACAGCCUGUAUGCCAAACACAAGAGAAAACAACUGUUGUCACUGCUGUUUGUGUUUUGUUUUUCCACUGCACUGCAAAUCGCGAUACAAUAAACGCUGUCCUCGCGCGCGGUGUCUGCCCCCAUAGCAUUCAUGCCCAUGACUUGUAAACAUUAAUAUUAAACGACAGAAGCCCUUAAAAUCGGGGUGCUGUUGUAUCACAAAUGUAAAUAAACGCAGCGGCAAAGAAGGGACCGUGGAGAGCAGCAGGGAGUUGGGCUGUGUAGCAAACAGCAGAAGGGAAUCUUGUCGCUAUCGAUCUGUUGUGGAGAGCAGGUGCUGGGGUUAGCUAGCUGCCAAGGGAAGCUAUGGACAUCCUGAGCCCCCUGUCCUGAGUGGCGCCCCCCCUCCCCGUCCUGCCGUCACCUCGCCCCCGCCCCCCCGCGUGACCCCCCCCCCCCCCCAGGCCCGGUGAUGGCCGGGGAGAAGGCCUGGCGCAGCGGCGGCAUGGACACCAAGCGGCUGGCGGGCCUGCUGCAGCGGGGAGCCGGCCGCACACUGGUCAUCGACAGCCGCACCUUCUCCGAGUACAACGCCUCGCACGUGCUCAGCUCCGUCAACGUCUGCUGCUCCAAGCUGGUCAAGCGGCGGCUGCAGCAGGACAAGGUCACGGUCACCGAGCUGCUGCAGCCCAACAGCAAGGUCAAGGUGGACCUGGGCAGGAAACAGGAAGUGGUGGUGUACGACCAGAGCACCAAGGAUGCCGGCUCGCUGUCCAAGGACAGCUUCGUCUACAUUCUCCUGGGGAAGCUGGAGGGGAGCUUCCAUCGCGUGUCCCUCCUCACAGGGGGCUUUGCAGCUUUCUCGUCCUGCUUCCCCGGACUGUGCGAGGGCAAGCCCGCCCCCAUCCUUCCCAUGAGCCUCUCCCAGCCCUGCAUGCCGGUGGCCAACGUGGGGCCCACCCGCAUCCUGCCCCACCUGUACCUGGGCUCCCAGAAGGACGUGCUGAACAAGGACCUGAUGGCGCAGAACGGCAUCACCUACGUGCUGAACGCCAGCAACACCUGCCCCAAGCCCGACUUCAUCUGCGAGAGCCGCUUCAUGAGGAUCCCCGUCAACGACAACUACUGCGAGAAGCUGCUGCCCUGGCUGGAGAAGACCAACGACUUCAUCGACAAGGCCAAGGUGUCGAACUGCCGAGUCAUCGUCCACUGCCUGGCGGGCAUCUCCCGCUCGGCCACCAUCGCCAUCGCCUACAUCAUGAAGACCAUGGGCCUGUCGUCGGAUGACGCCUACAGGUUUGUGAAGGACCGCCGUCCCUCCAUCUCGCCCAACUUUAACUUCCUGGGGCAGCUGCUGGAGUUUGAGAAGGGCCUGCGGCUGCUGAUGGCCCUGUCCUCGGGCCCCGGGAGGGCCCCGCUGGCCCCCGACCCCGAGCCCCCGGAGCAGGACCCCCACGGCGGGACGCUGAGGAAUGGGCGCUCGGGGUUCGGGGCGCAGUCCGAGGCCCCGGGGGGCGAGUCCAGGCCCGCCUGCCCCGCCUCGCUCCAGCAGGGCUUCAACGGGCUCCACCUGUCGGCCGAGCGCAUCCUGGACACCAACCGGCUCAAGCGCUCCUUCUCCCUGGACAUCAAGUCGGCCUACUGCCCCGGGCCCCCCAGGGACAGGGACACCCCCACCCUGGCCCUCACCCCCGUCGACUCCGAGGACGUCCCCAAACUGUGCAAGCUGGGCAGCCCCGAGACCGCCAACGGCGUCUGCCAGUUCUCGCCGUCGCCGGACAGCCCCGGCUCGGCGGCCGAGUCCCCGCUGGGGGGCGGGGGCGGGGGCGGGGAGCCGGCGAGGGUGCGGCAGAGGCGGAAGGGGAAGGCGCUGGGCGGCGCCGGAGCCUCGCCGGCCCACUCCCUCAGCCUGAACCUGGGCCGCGGCGGGGGGGGCGGGGGCGUCCUCAAAAGCCCCAGCCUGGACGAGAACCUGAAGGCCUCGCUCCUGCUGAGCCUGCCUGGCGUGGGCGGGGCCUGGACCAAGCACCGCGACCCGGCGCCGGCGACCACGCCUGACACGCCCACGGGGGAGAGCCCCUGGUUCUUCGGCAGCAGCGGCGAGCCCCCGGUGGGCGGGGGCGGUAGCGCGGGGGGCGGCGGCGGGGGGAGCGGCAGCGCGGUGCGUUUCGGCAGCAGCUCGGCGUACCUGGCGUUCGGCUGCAGCGGGCUGCCGGGGCCCUGCGAGGCCGGCGUGCGACUCCGGGACAAACCCCGCGAGCGGCCGGACUCCCGCGGCGGCAGCUGGCACGAGGACGCGCCCAACGGCAGCCGCGCUGACAAACAGUUCAAGCGGCGCAGCUGCCAGAUGGAGUUCGAGGAAGGAAUCUCCGACACGCGGGCCCGCGAGGACCUGGGAAAAAUCGGGAAACAGUCGAGCUUCUCCGGAAGCAUGGAGAUCAUAGAGGUGUCCUGACCCCCCCGCCCCCGCCCCCCCCUUCGCCUCGCCUCGCCUCUGGGGGCUGUAUUUGAUGGAUUUUGGGGGGCACAGUGUGUGACAGGAGAGACAAAAAGGGACAAAGAGGGAAAUGGGACUGGGGGAGGGAAGGGGUGGGGGUGGGGGGGGGGGUUAAUUUAUAAUAUAUAAAUCUAUUUUUUUCUUUGUGUUGCGUUUCAUGACUUUUGAGAAGUGGACAUAAUUUGUGAAGCUUGCGCUCGAGGAGGCGAGGGGAGGACAGCGCCCCCCGGUGGCAGCGGCGUUAGCGUUAGCGUACCUAGCGCAGGAAACGCAGCCGCGCUGACGGUCGGCGGGCCUCGCCGCGUACGCCACGCAUCGGUGAAAAAGUACAAAAAAACCUCUCGUCUUUUUUUCAGGAAAAUCGACACGCUUCCCUGGGAAACGGGCGAGGUCACUGCCCCCCCCCCCGCCCGGAGGAGAAGGGCGCGGGGGCGCGCGGGGGGGGGGGCUGCGACUGUUUGGGUUAGAGUUUCCGUCCGCGGCCUGCUUGGAGCCGGACGGAAGCCGCGCCGUGGAAACGGGCGGGAAAAUAACCGAGGACUUUACCUCCCUUGGUGACGGUGCUCUGAGGUACUUUUACGAAUGAAGGAUUCUUCGCCCGUGGAGGGGGGGGGGGGGGGGCUGCUUCACCGCAGCCCACCGAAAUCCACCGGGACGGGCGUCGCGCCGUGACCCCAAACUUUUAGCGUCCGCCGCGGCGCGCUGCGGCCCUGCGCCUAUGAAGGAAGCCGAUCGCGGCGGCGUACCCACAAUGCACCUGCAACACUUCCUCAGUGUUAAAAAAAAAAGAAAAAAAGAAAGUCACUUGAGUCACGCUUGAGGUUUCGUUUUUGUGAAGACAUUCUCUGAGGGAGGGUGAGAGGCGCCUGAAUCGGUGCGCUCUGUAAAUCUGUCCCCUCCCGCGUCAGAGUGAGCAUGCUCAGAGCGGCUGGCAACCGACAAAGCAGAGAAGACAAGCUGUGUCAAAGCAGCACUAUGCUUUAUAUAUACACACAUAAAUAUAUAUAUAUAUAUAUGUAAAGAAUUUUACUGCAAUUUUAAACGGUCUUUUAAUAUUUUCUCCAUUAUAAUUUUAAUUUAUUUUACCUGUUCAUUCUGGCAAUGAGAAAUGAUUUUACGUUUGUGGACGAUUUAUUUUUCUUGUUUUGGAUUUCCUUCGGUUUCGACUGUACGGUAUUUAUGAAACGGACACAAAGCAAUACAAGGUGUUUCUCCUCUGCUUUUCUCUUCUCUGCGUCGACACGGGAGGCUGAGAUCUUGGGUGUUAUUUCGAUGAUUAAUGCACUUUCUCCUGCCUUCUUCUUUUUCUUUU